AUGAACCGUAUCACGGUGCUGAUAAAGCGGCGGCUCAACGUCGGUUUUACUCCUUUAUUCAACUUAAGUUUUCGACAUUGUUUCUGUGCCGCUCUGCCUCUGACUUCCUCAGCGCUGCUGACGUCAUACGUCACAGCCAAUUACGACGGACGCAAGCCAACCUCUAACAAGUCUGGGAGGAAACAUGGCUACACUGAAGGUGGAUGCCACAGACCCCGAGGCCUUCGUACUACAACCAGUGUGGAGGUGGACGUUAAGAAAGGUGCAAGCAGCAGUGAUGUGGUGACCAUCUCCCUGAACCAGCACGCCAACGUGGUGGAGAAGAAAGUCCCAGAGCUGGAGAGGUCUCUGGGUGCGGCUCUGAGCUGGACUGUGAACAUCAUCGAGGUGUCGAGCUCUAACGGAGGAACCGCCGAGUCCAGGUCUCUGAGGGCAGACGUCAGGACUCUGGUCAGUUUCUUCGCUGUAGAUGGAGGACAGGUCGUUUCCUCUGAGGACGUUACAAAGAAGCUACAGAGCCAAUCAGCUGCUGUCGCAGCAGAGCUGGUCAAGGUAUUUGGGGAGGGGAUCCACUUUGAUGUACAGGUGAAGCCUGAAGGCUCCGCCUCCAAUGACGCUGCAAUCAUCGCCCUGAGCGUCCUGUUGGCCCUGAGCAUCGUGGGAUUGAUCGUUUCUAUUGUCUUGAUUGUCAGGUUCAAGACAAAGAAGAAUCAUCAGGAUUCUGACAGAGAGAACUUUGACAUUGAUCGACACGCUGAAGGUUACAC